AUGGGCGAGUCAGAGUCACCAUUUGCAUUCGUUAGGAAACCACAAAGCAUGACUAAAUUUCCACGCCUAGAAGUGAGACAAGCAUUUGUUGCAGUUGCAUGGGAACUUAAUUGUCUCAAGUGGGAAGAAGCCAAACAGAGAAUUAUGAAAAUGCAACAAAGCAAAGCUUGA